AUGGCGACCGACAAGACCGACAAAGCCGCCACCACCACUGAAGUCGAACCAGGCAACGACUCCAAAAAGGGCAAGAAUCACAGCAAACCUUUGAAGACCAAAUCCGGAUCUUCUGCUGCUGCCACUACCAAGAAGAAGACGAAAAAGAAACCUGGUGCCAAGAAGAAGAAGAAGAAAAAGGACUUUGAGGCGGAAUCUCUGUUGGGUAUGGUCCUGGAAGAAGUGGUAUGGAAUCGAGGGAUCAAACCCAUGAUGCAAAAAGAAAAGAGCAAUCGACGGUUGGGACUGGCGGAACAAAAGUCCGGCAGCAAGAGAUCUCUAUUAGGUGGCAGUGUCCGAAACUUGAUGGGACUGUCCAAUAAAAAGGAGGAAGAGGAUGGCAGGGGGCGACUGCAAAGACGCAAUCCAAGAGCUCGAUCUCUCUCUCCCAAGCCUCUCGGCAGAGUAGAGCGACCCAGACCGAAACCCUCACUCAGUGACAAAGACCUUUUUUCAGAUGAGAAGUCAAAAGCCAAGGCUGCCGCCACACAACGGAUUGGACGGCCAGCCACGGCCGUCCAAAAGAUAGACAGCAAACGAAAACUGCAAGAGAGUCGAUCUCCUUCGGCAUCACGAAAGAAAGAUGACGAACGGCCCAAAUUGGGCAAGAAGAAAUCCAGCAAAAAGCCGCUACAAGAACACGAAAAGCAAUCCAGUUCCAAGUCACUGACGACCGAAGAGAAUCCGGAUCGAAAGCUGGGCAAGAAAAAAUCCAAUAGCAAAAAGAAAGUGACAUCCGAAGACGAACCAGACGACAAUAGUCAAGAGCCCAUCAAGAAAAAGACAUCAAAGAAAAAGACAGCUGAGGGAGAUGCUAAGGAUCAGGCAACACCUGAUGGUGCACCGUUAGUCAAGAAGAAAUCCAAGAAAAAGCUCAAUGACGCUGAAGCUGACCAGAAUGAUCAGGCAACACCGGCUGGUGCGCCCCUAGUCAAGAAGAAGUCCAAGAACAAGCUAAAUGACGCUGAAGCGGACCAAGCCGAUCAGGCAACACCGGAUGGUUCUACCCUAGUAAAGAAGAAGUCCAAGAAAAAGCUAAAUGACGCUGAAGCGGACCAAAAGGAUCAGGCAACCCCGGAUGGGGCACCCCUAGUCAAGAAGAAAUCCAAGAAAAAGCUUGUAGACAAUGAUGCGCCAGAAGCGACCAAAAAGAAGAAGACGAAAGACGAGGAACCAACGGAUGGCAAAGCCACCAAGACAAAGAAGAAGAAAAAAGCAGAGAGUGAUAUUCCAACGGUAGUGACGUUGGAAUUGAACGCUCCGAUAUCUUCCAAUGCAUAACACGAGCCCGGUACAG